AUGGCGGGAGGAAUGAAAGUGGCGGUCUCUCCUGCAGUUGAUGCCGGGCCCUGGGGCGGGCGGACGGGUUGCGGUGGGGCAGUGCGGCUGCUCCUGGUUCUCUCUAGCUGCUUCGUCUGCGGCACAGCUAAAAUUGACGUAAAAGUGGUCACACUUCAGGAAUCUCGAGUUUAUAAUAUGAUUACCAGACAACAAUUCUGUUAUGAAAAUGUGCUUAUCCCAAAGUGGCACGAUAUAUGGACACGGAUACAGAUCCGGGUAAAUAGUUCCAAACUGGUGCGAGUUACCCAGGUGGAGAAUGAGGAGAAGCUGAAGGAACUAGAGCAGUUUAGUAUCUGGAACUUUUUUUCCUCUUUUUUAAAAGAGAAAUUGAAUGACACCUAUGUUAACGUGGGUCUGUACAGCACAAAAACCUGCCUCAAAGUUGAGAUUAUAGAGGAAGACACCAAGUACAGUGUCACUGUGACCCGCAGAUUUGACCCCAAACUCUUUCUCGUUUUCCUCCUUGGACUUAUGUUAUUUUUUUGUGGAGAUUUACUGAGCAGAAGCCAAAUCUUCUACUAUUCUACUGGGAUGAGUGUGGGAAUUGUGGCCUCUCUGCUAAUCAUCAUUUUUAUACUGUCCAAGUUUAUGCCCAAGAAAAGUCCCAUUUACAUCAUCCUGGUGGGAGGCUGGUCCUUUUCGCUGUACCUCAUUCAACUAGUUUUUAAAAAUGUACAGGAGAUCUGGAGGUGUUACUGGCAGUAUCUUUUAAGCUAUGUCCUUAUAGUUGGAUUCAUGAGUUUUGCAGUCUGUUACAAGUAUGGGCCCUUGGAGAAUGAACGAAGUAUCAACCUGCUGACCUGGACCUUGCAGCUGAUGGGACUAUGUUUCAUGUAUUCUGGUAUCCAGAUACCACAUGUUGCCCUUGCCAUUGUCAUCAUUGCUCUGUGUACUAAGAAUGUGGAGUACCCUAUUCGGUGGCUGUACAUCACCUACAGAAAGAUGUGUAAGGCAACAGAAAAGACUGUCCCCCCUCGUCUCCUGACAGAAGAAGAGUAUCGGAUACAAGGAGAGGUGGAGACCCGAAAGGCUUUAGAGGAGCUUCGAGAAUAUUGUAGCAGUCCAAACUGCUCUGCUUGGAAGACUAUUUCUCGAAUCCAGUCUCCAAAGAGAUUUGCUGACUUUGUGGAAGGUUCUUUUCACCUUACACCAAAUGAGGUUUCUGUCCAUGAGCAGGAGUAUGGAUUAGGAAGCAUUAUUGCCCAGGAUGAAAUCUAUGAAGAAACAUCCUCUGAGGAGGAGAACUCAGAUUCUCGGACACGUGUGAGUAAAUUCUUCACGGACAUAAGCAUUGUGGAGAUAGCGCCAGACUCCUGAGAAUUCUGCUGGAAU